AUGCAGGCAUCAGGCGCCAUAUUCUGGAACGCCCUCCUCUCCACCUGGUCAGGCGGCGCUCGGUGGAUACUUGUCAUGGCCGCCUGCCUGCUCACAGCCUUCGGAGGUUCCUUGGGUACAAUGAACCCAGACAACGUGGUCCAAACCGUUGCCAUCGCCACAGUCGCAGCCUUUGGUCUCGGAGGCGUACUCGUGCCCGCCGCUACGGUCGCCAUGAUUGCCGCUCCAGACGCCUUGAUAACGACUUGUGCAGCACUCUCGCUCUCGGUUCGUGCGGUGGGUGGUGCGAUCGGGUAUAGUAUCUACUACAACAUUUUCGCGGGCAAGCUGAAGAAGAAGUUGCCGGUCUUAGUCGCGGAGUAUGCUGUCCGAGCCGGUUUGCCAUUGGCAUCCGCGACCGUCUUCGUUGAGACCUACCUCACUGCACCAGCUGAGAUUGGCACGGUCCCUGGUGUUACGGAGACUGUGCUUGCUGGAGCACUGAAGGGGUCUCAAUGGGCGUAUGCUGAGUCGCUACAUUAUGUUUGGUUCACCAGCGUCGCUUUUGGUGUCCUGGCAAUUGCUGCGGCAGCUGCAUUGCCAAAUACGAGGAAGUUUGAGACGAAUCGCAUUGCGGUUGCUUUGUGA